AUGGCCACACAAGUUAACAUCAUACAAUGGAAUUGUCAAAGUAUUCAUCCGAAGAUAGUGGAGUUUGAACAGUUUUUAUCACAGGAAAAAAUUCAUAUUGCUAUUUUGAGCGAGACAUGGCUUGAUCCAAACAAGAGCAUAAGGAUAAGUGGCUAUCAUAUUGUUCGUCAGGAUCGCGGCGAUGGAUACGGUGGGGUGGCCAUUGUUAUUCAUAACUCAAUAAUGUUUCAGGCACGUCAGAUACAGUGUGCAAAUCCAGGGAUUCAACUCGUUGAAAUUAAACUAUUGAACUGUUCUAAUUUAGAGUUCAUUAUUUCUGUAUACUGCCCAUCAUCUGUGCAUACAGUAGCUAAUGAUUGGGACUCAGUGUUUAGUUUACAUAAUAAUAAAACUAUUAUUGCUGGGGAUUUUAAUGGUCACCACUCUAACUGGUCGUACAAAACAGAUGUAAGAGGAACGCAGCUGUUUGAUACGAUUGUUGACAAAGAUUAUGUUAACCUGAAUGAUGGCUCUACAACUCGGCUUAAGUUAGUCAAUGGUAAUGUUCAAAAAUCUUCCCCGGAUGUUACCUUCGUAACUAAUGACAUUGCGUUGGAUUUCAUUUGGAAGGUUCUUAAUGAAUCUUUAGGAAGUGACCACCUUAUUAUUAAAUUUACAACCGCUAAUUGCUGUGCGACUGACGCUGAUAAUAAAAAAAGGAACUUCAAAAAAGCAAAGUGGGAGGAAUAUAGGCGCACCCUACAUGCAAUAUUCUCUGUUUUGGUCUUGGCAAGUGAUCCUCAGGAAGCUUAUAACCAAUUUAUUAAUGCAGUUAAUUCGGCGGCAGAUAGAUAUAUCCCCACGGUAAGAAUGUGUACAGAUCCUUUACGUCUACAGAAAUUUGUACCGAAACCGUACUGGAAUUCAGACAUAUCAAGGGCAGUUGCAGAAAGAAGACUUGCGUUGGUUACUUUUAGAAAGAACCCUACGCCAAAUAAUUUGGAUUUACUUCAAAUAAAAGUCGCUUUUGCACAGAGGAUUAUACGCAGAGCCAAACGUAAAGCUUGGAGACAGUUUUGCAACACUAUUAAUGAAACCAUUUCAACCGUUGAGAUGCUGCGCCGAAUGAGAUGGAUUAAGGGAUAUCGAUUACCAAAGACAUACAUCGAUGAGGAUACAGCCAAUAGAUUAUUACGCAGCCUGACGCCUGAUUAUACUUCUUCAAGAAAACCAAAAUUUACUUCUGUUAAUGCAACCUUGGAGAGUUCCAUUACAAUUCAGGAGUUUAAUCGUGCUAUUAAAGCCAAAGAUACGGCCCCAGGUGACGAUUCUGUAUCCUUUUCUAUGUUGAAACACCUCCCGGUGAAUGGAAAGCAUAUAUUAGUCAAGAUUUAUAACAUGUUUCUUGUAUCGGGAUUUGUACCAUUUCAAUGGAGACAAGCUAAAAUUGUUCCCAUACCAAAAGCAAGCUCCUCUACACAAUCUAUUCCUGAAGCUCGUAAAUUAAGAGAGAUACCUCGGGAGCAGAUGGUUGAGUUUUUGCCUGCUUUGACUAUAAAACCCGUGAGAAUUCAAGGGCUUUAUAGUCCAAGAUUUGGGAGU